GUUUUAAGCUGUGGUUGACACGGCACUCUCUUUUCAUAUGCUUAAACUGGCAGAAAGUUACCAGCGAGAACUGCUGCACACUUCAUACUCUCAGAAAAGGGCGUUUUGCAAUUUGUGAAUUCUUGGGGAGUCUUCAUAUCGUUGUUUUUGGAUCAGACUGCAAACCAUGCACCCAGCUUCGUGUUCCCGUCUCCACAACCAGCUCAUCCUCUUCCUUGUCUCCAGCCUCCAUCCCAGAAGACGUCUUCUUUAGUAGUACUCCUGAGGACAAGAGGAACUGCUUGGCUGAGAGUGACGGUGACUGCAGUAGUGGAGAAGACCUCUUGGACUUCAGCUCUUCUCUGAGAGAUUCAGAGUAUUUCAGAGAUCUCCAACUUGGAUCCACAUUGACUGCUCACCUAUCCGAAGAUCAAUUUCCCGUUUUGGUCACAACUUUGGGUGAUAAGUUACCUACGUUACCUUCUCAGACAACGGCAGAGAGUGGAUCCUACCUCAAUUCCUCAGUGUUCCACACUGGUCAACCUUUGCAGAUAGAUCACACUGUGAUUUCUUCUGAAGGUGAAGCUAUGGACCGCCUGGUUGCCAUCAGAACCUCAGAGUACGAGGAUUAUCCUGGAUCCGAGCAAGAUGAUGAUUCAGACAUGGAAAACUUUCCGAUUUUGGUUCGGUCCAUGUCCACUUCACGUCGACACAGUUGGGAGGUACCAGUUUCGCCAGUUGACCUGGGAAGAAGGUUCAGUCUAGACACUAACGGCAUUGACAGCGAUGGAGAAAGAGAUGUUCAGAGUCUAGUCAAAAGUUCCCAUUUACCCUCUUCCUCAUUCUCAGAGAGCUCAGUGGAAGAGACACCCAGCGUUGUGGACAAUGAAAGCUCCAAAACACCACAGCCACCCACAUCAGGCAGGACGGUGUAUUCCAGAUCUGAGAUUCUCGCCACUGAUGAACAAUUUCAAGCAGACAGAGUCUCACGCAUACUGGAAACUUCAAAGCAGGCAGCCAGAGAGGCAGGAGAAGUGCAGGAGUCGGAAGAGGGGCUUCAGUCUGUGGAGGGACAGAGUCACGUGCUGAUGGUACAGAGACUUCUGCGAGAGCUUAAGCAGUAUCAUGGAGUUAAACGCAGAACUUCAAACACGGAAAGAAAAGAGUCAUCAGGGAAUGUUACGUGGUAUGAAUUUCUCUCCAAUGAAAAUGACGAGGAAGAGGAGGGAAGGCCAGAGCGUCCGGAAAGAGGUACUAAAGUCAAGCGUACUCUCAGUUCACUGAGGAACCGAAUGACUGGAUCCUUCAACAAAGACAAAGGUAAGAUUCGUGAGAAAGAGCAACACAAAGAGAAAAACAGAGAGAGGGAGAAAGAGUUCAAAGGGAGUGAGAAAGUGCGUCGCACCAGUGUUAGCGGUCACCAGCUCGUGCCUGGCUCAUUCUCCAGCUGGGCUACAUGUUCACUGUGCAGUAAGACUCUGCAGAGGAAGCAUGGCCUGCAGUGUUUGAACUGCGCUGUGAAUGUCCACAAGAGCUGUAAAAGUCUGCUGCCUGAGUGUAGCAGUAAAAACAAGACAAAAGAUUCAAGACAGAAGGCGCCAACUGCUGCAGCUCAGUCGUAUAAUCAAGCUCUGCGGGAGUCCUGCUCUGCCUUGACACCUGCCGUUGAUGGAUCGUCUCGUACCUCUCGCUGUGCUGCAGGUAUGACCGUUCCACCUAAAGGACACAGUGCCCAGCCUGCCACGUCCAGCAACUCGUCAAUCACCCAUAACAACAGCAGAGGCUCUAUCACAGGAGAGAUGGACGAGGUUGACGCGUUCAGGGUGAAGCGCUCCGCUGAGGACGCCAUAUCUCUUGCCUCCACAACACCCGAAUCACUCAUCGUUGAAGAUGCAUAUUAUGGCACUGUGCGAGGGGAAUUGGAUGCUAUUGCACAGGAUUUAGAGGUGGAGUCCUGGAGUAUGGCCGUGGACCAAAACUUCUUAAAGAAACAUUCUAAGGAAAUGACCAAGAGACAGGAUGUUAUAUAUGAGCUCAUCCAGACGGAGAUGCAUCACGUGCGAACACUCAAGAUAAUGUUGUGUGUGUAUGCUCGAGAACUGCGGGAGGGAUUACAGCUGGACGACAGGAGGCUGGACUGUCUGUUCCCACGGCUAGACAGCCUGCUAGAGCUGCACAGUCACUUCCUGUCCCGCCUCAGGGAGCGUCGCACAGAGUCCCUGCAGCCAGGCAGCGAGUACAAUUAUGCCAUACAAAGACUCUCAGACAUCCUUAUAUCCCAGUUUUCCGGAGAGCUUGGAGAGCGGAUGAAGGAAAGCUAUGGGGAAUUCUGCAGUCGCCACACUGAAGCGGUGAACUAUUACAAAGAACAACUGCAGAGCAACAAGAAGUUCCAGAACCUCAUGAAGAAAAUAAGUAAUUCAUCAAUUGUACGGCGGUUAGGGAUUCCAGAGUGCAUCUUGCUGGUGACACAACGAAUCACCAAGUAUCCUGUACUACUAGAGCGAAUCCUACUCAACACAGAAGCUGGAACAGAAGAGCACGAAGGCUUGGCACAGGCUCUCUGUCUGAUCAAGGAUACCAUCGUACAUGUGGAUUCCCAGGUCAGUUUAUAUGAGAAGAAAGUGCGUCUCAGAGAGAUCUCCUCCAAGAUGGAGCCCAAGACCCUGGGAAAGAUCAAGGACGGUCGUGUGUUCCGUAAGGAGGACAUAUCGAAGGGUCGCCGCAGGCUCUUGUACGAUGGCACGGUCUACUGGAAAGCUGCCUCUGGUCGACUCAAAGAUAUUCUAGCUCUAUUGCUAACAGAUGUUCUCGUGUUAUUGCAAGAAAAGGAUCAGAGAUAUGUUUUCUCAACUGUGGACAAUAAGCCAUCCGUGGUUUCACUUCAGAAGUUGAUUGUUCGCGAGGUGGCACAUGAAGAACGGGCCAUGUUCCUUAUCUGCGCCUCCUCUAAUGAACCUGAGAUGUACGAAAUCCACACUGCUUCAAAAGAAGACCGCAACACCUGGAUCGCACAAAUUCGUCAGGCUGUGGAGAGCUGUCCACAUACAGAGGAGAGAUUGUUUAGUGAAGAAGAGGAGGCCAGGGUCGCCAGAUUUCAAGAGUAUUACGAGCGUCUGACAUUGAAGGAUGCUCAGAUCGCUCAGAGUCUCACAGAGAAGCUGCAGUUGUUUGCAGAGCUGGCUGAAUCUGUGGCCGGUCUGGAAGACAGCGGAUCUCGCUCCCGUCUGCUGUUGCGUGGUGAUGUUUCUGACCUCCAGCAGGGGGAGCGACUGCUCAAAGGAGCCAUCACUGAAGUGGAGAACCUUCAGAAUCUCCUGGCAUCUGGUGUGAAGGAAUCAUCUCCGCAGACUGAGAGUCCAGGAUCAGGAAUGCUUCCACGCAGAGCAGACACCUUCGGUGGCUACGACAGCAUUCCUACCAUUCUGCCCAAAAACAGCAGUAUGAAUAAGAAGCUGUCCGGUGCAGCGGGUCGGUCCAGAAAGAGAGGUCAACGGGCAAGUUCAGACCCACAACUCAAAGAGGUGUAUGCGUAUCAGGAUCAGGACGAGGCGGAUGAGGCCUCCUCACCUUGCUUGAGCAAAAUUUGCUCCACCUCUAAAUUUUCAGAAUCAGAGUUCUAUGAGCGAGUGCUGCUGCUGUCUCAGAGGCUGUACAGUUUACAGGCCAUCAUCUCUCAGCAGGACAGCCACCUCGAGCUCCAGCGAGCGUCGCUCCUCACUGUCGAGCGGGACCGGACCGGCAGCCGUAACCGCGGCACCAACUUGCUCCUGAAGCAGGAGAAACAGCGCAACCUAGAGAAGCACCGUGAGGAGCUGGCUAACUUCCAGCGGCUGCAAAGCCAGCACCGGCAGGAGCAGGCGCGGUGGGAACGAGAGCGUGAGAAGCAGCGACGACAGGCAGAGGUGGCCGAGCAGCGGCUAAGAGAGAGGGAGGAGGAGUGUCGGCAACUGGAGGCGCGGUUGGCCGAAGAGAGACAGGAACUGGAGAGGCAAAGGCAGACUUACCAGCAGGACCUAGAGAGGUUAAGAGAGUCAACGCGAACUGUUGAGAAAGAGAAGGAACGACUCGAACAGCAGAGGAAGUUGAAGAAGCACAAUACAGUACCAAACACGGCAGCGCUGUACGCACAGGAAUCUGGGCAGCAUUUGCUUUCCACUAGCUUCAAUGGUGAGCUAUUGCUAGGCAGCGCAGGGGACCAAACCGUCCCUCAAAAGCCGCUCCUGCGGGCCACUCUUUCCAUGUCCCCCGCCGAUUAUCCAGAGCGUCCUGAAGUCCACUCACGCCGAGAGAGCUCCUGCAACACCCUGCCGGUGAAGACGGAGGUCCCCAUCCACCUCAUCAGCACCACCAACCAGUUACACAAACAGGGCGGCGUCCAGCAACAGAUACCGACGAAACUCGCCGCCCUCAGCAAGGGCAAAGAAAAGAGUGGAAAAGGCAAAAGUUCACACCGCACCAAUAGUUUAGCCUCCGUUGACAUGAAGCACAUGCUGCCCAUCAAGCUGUCAAUAAGAGAUUCUGAUGGAAGUCUCAAAGCACGCCGGCCCAUAAGCCCCCACCAGCAGCCCCCCCAACCACAGCAUACACACCAAGAAUCCCUCAGCCCACCAGACGCAUAUUUGGACGCCCAGUCCAGCCUUGCACCCGCUGUUCUCAAACCCCAGACAUCCCAGCACACCCUACCAUACACUGUGAGCGAUGAACCUGCCAAGGAAGACGUUAUCUUUUUCUGAACGCCACAUUGCAUGCUGGGGAAUCCUGUUGCCACCCAAUGGGAUGAAAAAACAAUGCAAACAUCGUAUUCUUAAUGGGUAUCUUUGUCUUGUUUUCCAGUAAAAAUAUAUAAACAUCCUUAAAACAAGAUAAAUUCACCUAAAGCAAAAGUUUGAGAGAUAUUAAGACAAUUAUUUUCAGAUUUAUUUUAUUUGUAUUUUUUUUUUUUUAGCAUUAACAAGCAAAAAAAAAAUUUGCCAGUGCCACAAGACAAAAUAUAUACAUUCAUAUAUUAGUCACUUUCUCUGAAAGCAAGUCAUAAUAUCUUGCACACUUUUUCUAAUUGGGUGAACUUAUCUGGUUUUAAGGAUGUUUAGAUAUUUUUAUAGGAAAGAAUAUAAUUUUGCCGUGUUGCAACCACGUUUUGGCUCUUUAAAUGAACAGGCCUGUCUUAAAAACUUUUUUACUGCAAAAAAAUAAGAGAGAGAGAACAAAUUUUAACCCAAUCUCAACAACAAACAACUUUGAUUGAAGUUUAUAAAUAUGACAAAUAAUUUUUUUUUAGUUUGUAUGUGAAAAUACAACAAAUGCUCACUGUACGUCCCAGAGAAUCCAAAGACUUUGACAAAGUUUGUAUAAAUGAAGGCAACUUCAUGGUAGUGAAGUUAAUUAAUGAAGGCAUGUGUAACACUUCUGUAGCAUACAAACACAAAUGGACGAAAUAAAGAAUACGUGGACAUUUUUGGGUGGCUCUUUGUUGUGGGAAGCAAUUUUGCACAGCAGCAAUGUCCCAUUUCAUUGCAAAUACAGCAUGUAGGCCGACACAGAAGCUGGAUCAAUUUGAUUUCAAUUACAGUUAGCACUGUUGUGGUCACCCCUGAACAUUAUCGCUUAUAGAAAAGCACAAACGCUUUGACAUUGGGCCUGAAGAAGAUCCUUGAAUUGGUGUUUAGGUCUGUUUGCAUUCAUGUGCAUAGUUUUGUUUUUCAUUCUAGAUAUUGAAUUUUUGACUGUACAUUGUCCACAAAUUGGCUGGAUUUUAAACUAGAUUUUGGGUUUGCGGAAAAUCUAACUCCACAUCAGUUCAAACUUAGUCGUUUUAUUUGUGUAGACAUUUUAUAUAUAUAUAGAGAGAGAGAGAGAGAGAGAGAU